AUGCCUCUCAUAUAUUUGCAAAAAAUCCUAUUUUUGCUUUCCAAAUCUCAAAUUUCUGCGACAUUCGUUUGAUGCCCCAUAAUUCGUAAUCCACAAAUUAAAUCAAAAUUCCCUCAGCGUCCUCUACGACAGUCGAUUAUAUUUAAAGUUGGACACAGAUAUGUUCAAGCUGAUGGUUGCUGUACGUCUCGUUCAAAACUUGAUAAUUCACCAAACUUCCUUAUUAUUGUUGCUGAUGAUCUCGGUUGGUCGGAUAUAUCGCCAUUCGGUAGUGAAAUCAAUACGCCCAAUCUUCAAAUGCUUGCCAAUAAUGGAAUUCGAUUCACUGAUUUUCAUACUGCCUCAGCCUGCUCACCUACUCGGUCGAUGCUGAUGAGUGGUACGGAUAAUCAUAUUGCUGGUCUGGGUCAGAUGAGAGAAACUAUUGUACUUAAUCCAGACAUUUGGCUAGGAAAGCCUGGAUAUGAAGGCUACUUAAAUGAUCGUGUAGCAGCUUUACCUGAGAUUAUGCAAGAUGCUGGUUAUUUCACUGCGAUGAGUGGGAAAUGGCAUAUCGGAAAUACUCGUGAAAGACUUCCAGCGAACCGAGGUUUUGAUGAAAGUUUUGCUUUGCUGGGUGGCGCUGCAAAUCAUUAUUUUUCUAAAAGCACUAAUGCAGUACUACAAUCGGGCUAUGUCCAUAAUUUUGAAUAUAUUAACUACACGUCACUCGAAGAUUUUUAUUCGUCGGAUUAUUUUGUUACUCAACUAAUCAAUGCUUUAAAAGUAAAUAACGAGAAAAAAGAUCAGCCAUUUUUUGCUUAUCUUCCUUUCACUGCUCCUCAUUGGCCUCUUCAAGCACCUGCAGAUCUUAUUGCUAAAUAUAAAGGAAUGUACGACGAUGGUCCAACUGUCCUACGUCAAAAACGACUUGCAGUACAACAUCAGAUGGGUCUUCUAUCAGCUGACGCGGUCGUAUCACCUGUAUAUGCAAAUUCAGAAGAAUGGGAGAAACUUACGCCAUCUGAACGAGCUUUUAGUGCGAAAACAAUGGAAAUCUAUGCAGCCAUGGUGGAACGUGUAGAUUUUUCUAUUGGACGUGUCAUCGAUUAUCUGAAAGAAAGUGAUCAAUUUGAAAAUACAUUCAUCCUGUUCAUGUCAGACAAUGGAGCAGAUGGUAUCGAUAUGGAAAAUGUCUCAAUUUUGUCUCCUACGCAAACUAAUCAAUCAUUUAAUAAUAGUUACGAAAAUCUUGGCAAUAAAGAUUCAUUCAUUUGGUAUGGACCUAGAUGGGCUCAAGCAUCAACUGCUCCUAGUCGAAUGACUAAAGGUUAUAUUACUGAAGGCGGUAUCCGCUGUCCAGCAAUCGUUCAUUAUCCAAAAUUCGAUAAAACUUUAAAUAUUAGUCAUGAAUUUACAACUGUUAUGGAUAUUUUACCUACUGUCUUGGAACUGGCCAACGUCUCUCAUCCAGGUACUGUAUUUCGCAAUCGUACCGUUGUUACACCGAAAGGGAAAUCAUGGGUUUCGUACUUGCUUAGUUCUGAUGAACAUGUGCAUCACGUUCAUACGGAAACGGAUUUUAUAGGUUGGGAAUUAUUUGGGCAACGUGCUAUUCGUCGUGGAAACUACAAAGCUAUUUUCAUACCAAAUGAAUCUAAUACAUCGAAAUGGGAAUUAUAUGAUUUGUCUAAAGACAAAGGUGAAUCAAUUAAUUUAGCUGACCAGCAAGAAGAUGUUCUGAAGGAACUUAUUGAUGCAUGGUUUGCAUAUGAAGUUGAAAUGGGUAUUAUUCUUCCUGAAGAUGCAUGGUCUGUUAGAUAUGCACUGACCGUUUCUGGAUCUCUUGGUAUUCAAAAUAAUAGUUCUCCAAUUGAAACUAACAAUAUAGGUAUAAUUAAUCAUAUUGACUUUUAUCUAUCUCCUUCUGCUAUAAUACUUUACUUUUUUCUAUUUUUUUGA